AUGCAGCGAGUAUUCAGUCAUGGUCUUCCACUCAACCCCCUCCCCUCCCCUCUCCACUUCAACCCCACUCUCAUCCAUGCAGAGGAGCUUUCCCCCGUGCCGGUUCAUCCCCACGAUCCCGGCCUCGUGCCGGUUAUCCCCACCUGCAGCGAGUAUUCAGUCAUGGCACUGCGCAAGGGAGAUUUCCCCCUGGAUCCCGGCCUCCUGCCGAUUCAUCCCCACAUGCAGCGAGUACUCAGUCAUGGUCUUCCACUCACUCCCCCUCCCUCCACUCCACCCGCACUGGGCCACUGUCACCCUGCAGGCGAGAUUUCCCCCUGCCUCCCAGCCUCCUGUCGCUUCAUCCUAACAUGCAGCGAGUACUCAGUCAUGGUCUUCCACUCACUCCCCCUCCCUCCACUCCACCCGCACUGGGCCACUGUCACCCUGCAGGCGAGAUUUCCCCCUGCCUCCCAGCCUCCUGUCGCUUCAUCCUAA